AUGAGUUUCGCGUUGCAUCGUGUUACGUUUUUGCUAAGACGCAAGUUUCAGCUGUAUCCUUGUUCAAAAUGGUUUUCAAUUAUUGGAACUAAAUCUCUAACAAACACAUUUUGCAGUGACCAUGAUUUAGCGAAGAUUGUUUCUAAUGAUCUAGUUCUGAAAGAGAAUUUCAUAACAGAAGAGGAAGAAUCAAACUUGAUAGCUGAACUAGAUUCUGUGCUUCUCAGGAGAAAAUAUCAGACAGAACACUGGGAUUAUGCAAUCAAAGAUUUUCGUGAGUUGGAGCGUCGAAAUUGGAAACCCGUUAAUCAACCUGUUAUUCGUCGUUUAAAGACGCUGACUGUCGACAGUCUUUCAAACAAUAAAACAAAUAUAACUGACAGUAUUGAUCAGUUAGUUCUUCCACUAGUUCAUGUUUUAGACCUAGCUGAAAGUGGAGAGAUAAUGCCACAUGUGGAUAGUGUUAAAUUCUGUGGUGAUUCAGUAACUGUUCUGAGUUUACUCUCUGAUUGUAUAUUACGAUUGGCUAUCGCCCCUCAAAGUGAUGUUGUCGGUAUUCCAGAGAAUCAGUGGGAUUAUUUACACUCGUUAACUCUUCCAUCAAUCGGUACCUGGAUAGAUGUUUUCAUUCCCAGACGAUCGGUUUAUGUGAUGCGUCGAGCACUACGUUACCUCUGUACGCAUGCCAUCUUGUCGAAUGGAGAGGUGGGACGUAUGCAUCAGCAGCAUGAAUCAGUUGGCUUGUAUAGCUCAUCACCACGUGGACGACGUGUAUCUGUUAUCUGUCGGACACAUGCAAACGAUGGUCUGAUCCCUUUCUAUAAUAAUAAUAAUGAUAAUAAUAGCAAUACUACUAUUAAUAAUAAUCCCGUUGGCGUUGAUGAACAGUCGUCUCUAAAGAAUAUUAACUUUUAA